GAGGCUCGCAGCCGGGACGUGUCCCCUCUGCGCGCGGGACCACCGCGCUGACUUCCUGCGGCCUGGUGACGGCUUCCAGUCCGUCCCCACCACCCCAAGAAAGGAGAAAGGAAAGCGCGAGGAGCCGCUGUCGUCCUCAGCGCCGCCGCGCCAGAGAGGAGGAGACCGGCAGACGCCCGCCGCCCCUUCCCGCCGCCGGCUCCGCGUCUUGGGACGCCCCCAGCAGCCUGUGGAGACAUGGUGGACUACUACGAAGUUCUGGGUGUGCAGAGACAUGCCUCGGCCGAGGACAUUAAGAAGGCGUACCGGAAGCUGGCGCUGAAGUGGCACCCGGACAAAAACCCCGACAACAAGGAGGAGGCGGAGCGGAAGUUCAAGCAGGUGGCCGAGGCCUACGAGGUGCUGUCCGACGCUAAAAAGCGAGACAUCUACGACAAGUACGGCAAAGAAGGACUGAAUGGAGGUGGAGGUGGGAGCCACUUCGACAGCCCGUUCAGCGAGUUCGGCUUCACGUUCCGGAACCCGGAGGACGUGUUCCGGGAUUUCUUCGGUGGAAGGGACCCGUUCUCGUUCGACUUCUUCGAAGACCCCUUCGACGACUUCUUCGGGAACCGCCGGGGCUCCCGCGUGAGCAGGAACCGCGGCGCAGGCUCCUUCUUCUCCGCCUUCAGCGGGUUCCCGUCCUUCGGAGGAGGGUUUGCUGCUUUUGACACAGGGUUCACGUCCUUCGGGUCCUUGGGCCACGGGGGCCUCACCUCCUUCUCCUCCACGACGUUCGGUGGCGGGGGGAUGGGCAGCUUCAAGUCCGUGUCCACGUCCACCAAGAUGGUCAACGGCAGGAAGAUCACGACGAAGAGGAUCAUCGAGAACGGCGAAGAGAGAGUGGAGGUUGAAGAAGAUGGCCAGCUCAAGUCCCUGACGAUAAAUGGUAAGGAGCAGCGGCUACGCUUGGAUAACAAGUAACUGGACGCACGCAUGUAGCAGACGUGUUAGCGGUAACGAGCACCGUUGAGGAGUAACAGGAGCGUUGUGUGAAGACCCCACGGACUCGACUCCCAGUGUCACUGACCUAACCUAAAGUAUUUAUACACAGCUCACCGGAGCCUCUUGUCAUAGACUCUUGAGUUUCUUGUCGGGACCACGUGAUAGGACAUUUUGUCUUUGGAAUUGUUGUCAAUCUCUGUAUGCACUUUGCUUUCUAUGACACGUGACCCCAGGCGGCCGGGACCCCCGUGCACUAACACCAGCACAGGCUUCUUCGUGGCGUGGGAGCCGCGUGCCCCGCGGCGGCGGCCCACUGGGAAGCUGCCCCUGCCGGGACGGACCCUCCACGCGGGCGCUGCCGUGCUUUCUGUGUGUCGUGGUGAGAGGCGUGGCCGCGCCGGUGGUGACACGCUUCUGGGUCCACGUACAUGAGGAUGUUUCUAGUCGUGCAUGAGUGCUGGCACCUAGUGAGUUUGACCUCGUUUUAAAUGUGUAAAGUUAAGUUCAGGUGUAAAAAGUAAAGCUGGUGAAUUGGGUCUUUGUUAUUUGCUUAAAACAAAAAAUAAACGCGCUGUGUUUGGUGCAUUCUUU